CCACACGCCAGGCCUCCAGUUCGCCUUCCCAGCCCGGUACGUCCUGUGCCGGCUCCCCGCACUCGCCCCGAAGAGCGUGUCACCACUCCUUUGCAACAUGUGCCGGCUCCAUGCACCAGGCCUACAGUGCGCCUUCCCAGCCUGGUACGUCCUGUGCCAUCUCCCCACACCAGGGCUCCAGUGCGCCUCCACAGCCCGGUACGUCCAGUGCCGGCACCCCGCACUCGGUGUACAGUCCGGAGUCUCCAGCGACGGUCUACGGUCCGGAGCCUCCACAGACGGUCCACGGUCCGGAGACUCCAGUGACGGUCUACAGCCCGGAACCUCCAGCAACGGUUCACAGUCCAGAGAUUCCAGCGACGGUUCACAGUCCAGAGCUUCCAGCGACUGUUCACAGUCCAGAGCAUCCAGCGACGGUUCACGGUCCACAGCUUCCAGUGACGGUCCACGGUCCACUGUUUCCAGUGACGGUCCACGGCCCGGAGCUUCCUGCGUCGGUGCCAUGGCCGGAUCCUUCCUCUGCGCCGGUGCUCAGUUCGGGCACGGCGUCCAGUCCCGCUCCACGGCCGGAGCAUUCCUCUGCACCGGUGCUCAGUUCGGGCACGGCGUCCAGUCCCGCUCCACGGCCGGAGCAUUCCUCUGCGCCGGUGCUCAGUUCGGGCACGGCGUCCAGUCCCGCUCCACGGCCGGAGCCUUCCUCUGCGCCGGUGCUCAGUUCGUGCACGGCGUCCAGUCCCGCUCAUGGCCGGAGCAUUCCUCUGCGCCGGUGCUCAGUUCGGGCACGGCGUCCAGUCCCGCUCCACGGCCGGAGCCUUCCUCUGCGCAGGUGCUCAGUUCGUGCACGGCGUCCAGUCCCGCUCAUGGCCGGAGCCUUCCUCUGCGCCGGUGCUCAGUUCGGGCACGGCGUCCAGUCCCGCUCCAUGGCCGGAGCCUUCCUAUGCGCUGGUGCACAGUGUUUCCCUGACACCAACUCAGUCAGUGCUCAACUGCUAGAUGAACUUAAUGCACUCCUCCAAGGAGGAACAACCAUCCCUGGUGCAAGAAAGGUUGAGAAACACUGUUACACCACACAGGACAUGUGUUCACUCCGUGGUGGAAAAAGUACCAAAUUGUCACACUUGAGUAAAUGUAAAAUACCUUCAUAGAAAAUGACUCAAUAAAAGUGAAAGUCACCCAGCAAAGUACUACUUGAGUAAAAGUCUAAGUAUUUGGCUUUAAAUAUCCUGUAAAUGUAAUUGCAAAAAUAUACUGAAGUAUCAAAAGUAUGAAUAAUGUCCUAUUCCUUAUAUUAAGCAAACCAGACAGCACCAUUUUAUUUUCUUACAUUUUUAAAAGAUUGUGUCCAACAAUCAGACAUAAUUUCCAAAUGAAGCAUUUGUGUUUAGUGAGUCUUCCAGAUCAGAGGCAGUAGGGAUGACUAGGGAUGUUAUCUUGUUAAGUGUGUGAAUUGGACCAUUUUCCUGUCCAGCUAAGCAUUCAAAAUGUAAUGAGUACAUUUGGGGAAAAGUAUGGAGUAAAAAAUAUUUUCUUGUUAUCAAAAAUAUAAAUAGUAAAAUACAGAUACCCCAAAACAUUACACCACUGUGUUGACUGUGAGCGUUCUAAUUUUAUAUAACUAGGCAAGUCAGUUAAGAACAAAUUCUUAUUUACAAUGACCUAGGAACAGUGGAUGAACUGCCUUGUUCAGGGGCAGAAUGCGAGGAAUCAAUCUAGCAACCUUUCGGUUACUGACCCAAUGCUCUAACCACCGGUAGCCACCUGCAGCCCUGAUGUGGAAAUACAUUUAUUCCCCAAAAAAUCAAGUUGUGUUUUAAUAGACCUUUUGUUUGUGAACUGAAUAAAUGUUGAGGGCCACAGAAAAUGUUACGGCAGGUCAGAUAUGUUCCCCUGGAUGCUAUUGUUAAUGAAGGGAUGAUGCCUCUAUAUGUUUGCCUGGUUCCAUUCUGUAUAUGCUCUGUAGACACCUCUUCUGUCAUUGCACUGCUAUCAUUGUGUGGCCAGCGACCUUUCAGUUACUGGGCCAACGCUCUGACCUCAAGGCUACCUGGUGUCAGAGAAGGCUACUUUGUUGUUUUUUGUUUAUGCAACAUAUGAUGUAAUGUAUAAUAACUGAUUCCAAUAAUGUAUCGAUGUCAUGAAUUAUAGAUGACGCCAAUAGAAAAUGUGUUUGACUGUGAUUUUUGUUUGUUGAUUGGUUCACUGUGGAGUGACACUUUAAUAACUGUUUCUAACUAACUUUAACUCUAAAUGAGACAUUUGGAAUGGCAAAGGAGAAACACAGAGAGGAGUUGACUACACACCACAAACAGACUGGACCAUCUUUAUGCCACUACAGGGCAAUACCAUAAUGACUAUCAUAAAUACUAUGUCAUAAAGAGAAUGUAUACCCCCAGAAACAGGAUAGUACUGUCAGCUGCAUUUGUGUUCUGAACAUGUAUUCAUUUAGGUGAAAAAGCAAUUAUUUUUUAUAAAAAGCAAUUAAAAGGAAUUGCUUGUUUGUUUUCAACCUAUUUUCAAUAAAGUAGCCUAUUCUAUAUAGAAAGAAUUCACAUAGAGAUAAUCCUUUUUUUAAAUCCAAUGAAAACAAACAUUCUAGAGAGAGAGAGAGAUAAAGAGAGGUGUGCAUGACCUCAUUCUGGACCUCCUUUCUCAUGAUCUAAUACUUUUUAAACAUUCUGGACCUCAUUUCACAUUAUCUACCUCUUUUUGUUUAAAGCACAACAAACUAAGUGAGUAUGUGCAGCGGCCCACUGAAAGACAUGUUAGAACACUGUAUAUUGGGAAGGCUUUUUAAAUGGGGAACUGUAGCACAAUGUUUCUUUCUGUAGCUUCGUCUUUUAAUUACAUGUAUUUGUGUG